UGAGGAAAGAGCACAGAGAGGAAGAAAAGAGAGGCUGAGAAAUGGCAUCGAAUGCAGCAGCACCAUUUUGGAGAUCGGCAGGCAUGACUUACAUAACAUAUUCAAACUUGUGUGCUAAUUUGCUUAGGAAUUGCCUUAAAGAGCCUUACAAAUCCGAAGCACUGUCCCGUGAGAAGGUCCAUUACACCAUUUCCAAAUGGGAAAAUGGCAAACCUCAAAAACCUACCAUCCGCUCUGAUACUCCUGAAGAAUGAGAACAAGUCUGGAUCUUGCGAUUUGUUUUUGAUAUUAUGUGAAUUUUUGUACUGCCCUGGUCCUGGCACUGGAACUGUCGAUCUUCUAAUAACAACAUAGUGACUAGACUUUGGUCCUA